CAAAUUCGCAAUAAAAAUCAUGUUACAUAAAAAUUUAUAUUUAGAGCACGGUCUCACAUUCUCUGUAACAGAGAAAUGAAAUCAAUGGCACAAUCCCGGUUCUCGAUCAGAGCUUCCUGGUCCCGCGGAGUUUCUCUUUCUGCUCUUCUCUUCCUCGUCCUCUCCCUCCUCCCCCGGUCAGCUCACGGCAUCUACUGCGACGAAGAUGACUGUUAUGAACUCCUCGGGGUUUCGCAGAGUGCUAAUGCGUCGGAGAUCAAGAAGGCGUACUACAAGCUUUCUUUAAAAUAUCAUCCGGAUAAAAACCCAGAUCCGGAGUCGAGAAAGCUGUUUGUUAAAAUAGCAAAUGCUUAUGAG